AUGGAGGCGCUCAAGGUUCUCCACGGACACUUUUCGGCGCAACGAGCAGCGAACAGCAACGACGAGUGCGGCGACUCCGACACUCCAGCAAGCGGUGCACUGGGCGUAAGAACACAAGUAGCGACUCGUAUGGGAGUGGCUCCACCGAGGGCUGAAGUCUUGGGCAAGAAAUGGGGCGAGAAACAAUUGGCUCAAGCAUCCCCAUCCAUCGCCUCUUCCCUCCCAGCAAGCAGACAAGUCGGCUUCUUGCUUUACAUGCAAAAGCAUAUCCUCGACUCGGAAUACAUAGAUGGUCUCGUCAACGACUGCAGCCCGGACAGCGGGAAGAAUGGAGGGAAGACUUGCAAUUGGGUCUUGCAUUACUUUAGAGCUUUGGUCAAGCACGGCUGCAUACGAGUUCCUCUCCGUCGGUAUCGCCUUACUCCUACUUGGAACCAGGCCUUCACCGACCCCUUCAAACGGUUUUCCGCUUCCUUUGACAACAGCUUUCUCUCAAUCCUCGCUGUCGUCCCAACUCUUCGACUCAUUUCCGACCACCGUAUGACCUUCUUGGUCUCAUUGCCUGCGAAACCUCAGCGCGAAGACCGCAUUUCCCUCACACAAACUCCUCUUCCCCUUCCGUCGCCAUGUUCGUUCCCCAUAGCCGACACGCUAGCACCCUCCCAGUCGAAACAGGCUUUUCUGCUUGCCAGCGCCGGUGGUUCUCAUUCGGGCAUGCGAUUGGCUUCACGAUAG